AAUGCUUCCACACCCAGAAAACAACCUCAGAAAAACUGCUUGCCAGUAUUUUCCUCACCUAAGAGAUUUUUCUUUUAAAAACUUCUAAAAAAAUACUGAAAGCACUGAAGAAUUAUGAAAAUCACCUUGUUCUUUGCUGCGUUGUUGCUACUGGAUCUCUUUGCUUGCUGCCAUCCGCAAUAUCCAUUGCCUGACAUAGAAGAUGCAAAGUUCAUUGAAGACUGUGUGAGAGCUCACAACACAUUUCGAUCGAAAGUGAAUCCACCAGCCAGCAAUAUGUUGCGUAUGUCCUGGGAUGCUGCUUUAGCUAAGACUGCCAAAGCGUGGGCGAAGAAGUGCAAGUUUAAGCACAAUACCUACCUUAAAAUUCCAGGGAAGAUGCAUCCCACCUUUACUCCUGUUGGAGAAAACAUCUGGACUGGCACAGCCACCAUCUUCUCUGUCGAUACAGCUCUCCGUGACUGGUUUAACGAAGUCAGCAGCUAUGAUUUCAACACCAAUAGCUGUACUGGCAUGUGUGGUCACUACACCCAGGUCGUUUGGGCAGAGAGUUACAAAGUUGGCUGCGCAGUUCACUUCUGCAAUAGAGUUGAAAAUUUUCCAGGGCUCUUCAGAGCAGCACAUUUUGUUUGUGACUAUGGGCCAGCGGGGAAUUACCCAAGAAAACCAUACAAAGCAGGAAGACCAUGCAAUGGAUGCAGUAAUGAGAAGUGUGUAGACAAGCUCUGUGAAAAUACAGAACGUGAGAAGCUGAUAAAUUAUGCCUACUGGCAUCCAGACUGGGAUACACAGCCCCAGCCACCACGGCCCCAUCCCCCCAGGCCUUCCACGCCGUCAUACAUCCCACCUGCUGAGCACCCGCGUCCCUGGUGUGACCAAUACUGUCUUAGUGUUGCAAUUUUAAGGCCACUGUUCUUGGUACUGAGUGUUGGUGCUGUUCUUUUAUUACAAGAGCGGUUUCCUCACGCAUUUUUUUAUGCGUAAUAAUCAGUUAAGGUACUGAUGGUGAUCCUACUGCUGUAUUACUCUCAGAGAGUUGCACACAUUUAAAAAACCACUUGGCCAGCUCUCCAUUAUCCUCAUAAUGUUUAUCCAGCAUAGAAAAAGCUUCUUCCUCACUCAAGGCAAGAUAUAAGUGGCUGUGCACAAAGUAAGUAUAAUUUAUUGGCAGUAGCUGCAACACAUUUCUAUGUCUGUGUGAGGCUCGUAGCUCUGGCUUGGGGUAGAUUGCUAGAGGGACUAUGCAGACUAUAUAUUACUAUAUAUGCUAGCAAGCAUCCUGGAAUCCUGGGGCACCACAAAGACAUGUCUGAAGCAGCACUCUGUAUCCAAAAGAAGCAAUAGCUCAUCUUCAUUAACCUUUAAUUAUACCAGACAUUGUUUUCCCCAGAUAAUGGAGAUUCAACUAUAUGUAUUACUUUUUAUGAACAGAAGGAGUAAAGCGUGUCCUUUACUA